CAGGAAGUGCACAAAAAGCUCCAGCAAAACAAAAACAAAUUGAAGCUAAAUUAUAUCAUUGUGGCUCAAAAUGAACAGUCAAAGCCCAAUGUUAACGAGUAACGACUCACGCUGCGUAUUUUUUAAUACAGAUUCAGAGGACUAUCGAUGCGUGGUGAUUUUAACAGUAAAACGAGCCACAGGAACCUUCUCCUUAGUAGGAUGCCUUUUCAUGCUGUUUGUGAUCUGGCUGCAUCGAAGGUAUCACUCUUUGGCUCAGAAGAUGAUUCUCAGCCUGACUGUAGCUGCCUUCUUCGAUAGCGUAGCAUAUGUCAUGGGUGAUUCCCAUCGCAAGGGAUCUCUUUGUGUCUUCCAGGCCUGCUGGCUAACUUAUUUUGACUGGAGUGCUUUGGCCUGGGUUUGCCUCAUCACAGUGAACCUGUACCUCAACCUGGUGCGAGAAAUAAGCACAAACAGAUAUGAGAAGUUGUACCAUCUGAUGGCGUGGGGAGUUCCUCUGGUCAUGGCCUCUCUGCCGCUGCUAAAGGGUUACUACGGCCCCGCAGGAGCCUGGUGCUGGAUCACAGACGAUCACGUAGCCUGGAGAUUUGGGAUAUGGUACGUGCCUCUGUUCAGCCUCAUCUUCCUAAUGAUCUGCUGCUACGCCAGGAUCAUCUGCGUGGCCAAUGCGAGGAUGCAGUCAUGGUUGGGAACCUUCAACCCAGAGAGGGAGAGACGAAAGGUUUCCUUGGCUGAGGAGAUCAAGCCGUUGAAGUGGUACCCCUCCGUUUACCUCCUGGUGUCCAUCUUCCCCCUCAUCAACAGGCUCCAUAAUGCCUUCUACCCAAAGGAUCCAUCCUUCUCACUCACGCUGUUGCACGUCCUGUCAGCACCACUCCACGGCUUGGCCAAUGCCUUUGUCUUUGGCUUGGAUAGGGACUGGUGGAGCCUACUGAGCCCCACUGGCAUGCAGCUGGCUCUGCAGUCGCGGCUGUGUGACAAGACUCGGAUUGGAGAGUACCACCCCGGGGCGGUGCGCUACACACAGGCUGACCUGGUCGACCUCAGCGAUGACGACGAGGAUGACACCAACGUGCUCUUCUACUCUCCUGACAUGACCCUGAAAGACCGAGGGCCCUGAGAGAGGGAGGGACAGAGAGAGGGAGAGACAAAAGAGCUGGAGGGAAGGAGCACGAAGGAGGGUCACAGCCAGAGAGAGACGCAGCGGAUUAGAAACUGAGAGGCAGGAACAAGAGGUAGGGAGGGAAUGGAAGGGAAGAUUGGGGGGACAGUCAGGCAGAUAGAAGGCGGAGAUGAGCUGUCAGGUUCCAUUAUUAAUCCCCAUCCUUUACUAUUUAAUAUCCUAAAGACACACACACACACACAUACUGAGCAGGGCUGCAGCUCCCUGCAAUACUACCAUGAGAGAGGAGCGGGAGAGAAGCGGCUCUAAAUAUCCUCCUAAUGUUAAAGGCAUCUGCUGCGUCCCAAAGGUCUUAAAACGAUUUCCCCUCUCUGCACUGCCUUCUUGACUCCUGCAUUCUGCAGCAUUUUGGCAUACCGCAAAAAUGAAAGGGAAAAAAAAACAUAAAGAACGGUUGAAAGGCAAUCAUAACAAGGUGUAAGUUUAGCAUUCGCAGCAAUUACCUUUUCACUUCUUUGCAGGGGACGAGGUGAAAAGCAGGUCUUUUAAAAAGCACCCUGUGUGUCAGACGUGAAAGCAUCUACUCUAAGAUUGAUCCUGGUUCUGAACAAUUUUCUUCCCGAUAGGAGGGGGAGGUGGGAUACAGUGGAAAUACAGGAGGGGGUUUUAGAAACAGUGAAGAUGACUUGGUAGGGCAAAUAAGUCCCAAAGUAGUCUCUCCUUCCUCAGACAGUAUUUGUUUUCGGUCUAUCUCUUUGCAUAUGACAUUACUGUUGUUGCAACUUUCGCACAAGUAAUCCUUUUUGAAAGGUUGAUUUUGUAUUUUUAUGAACUACAACAUUUGUUUGUUAUACUGUAUUUAUCAAUGUAUUGUAUAUAUUUAAGUGCACACUCUAUUUUUGUACGUGCCUCGGACUGGAAUGUGAAGUUCGGUCCAAACCUGCUGCUCUAAUGUGACAGUCGAGCAGAUUCAGAACAUGUAGCCUUAUGAACAACUAAAAAACAUGUUAUAAGUCAACUUAAACACACGCACACACACACGCUCUCUCCAAGGCCAUGUCCACACGUAUACAGAUAAUUUUAAAGCAGAUAUUUUCCUCCUCAGUUAAAACACAAAUCUGUCCACAUGACCUUCAUUUUAGAAUAUCUUCAUAACACACUACAAUGCAGAAACGACUGGAAACGCUCGCCGUCGUAAGCUGUCCUCUACAGUCUUCUUCUGUUGCGAAUAUAGUGAAGUGCACGGGGUUACGGUUACCUUUCUCACAACAACUGGUGAGCUCAUUACCGUUGAUUCCCCUACGAUAAAAGGAGCAAGGAACUCACUCAACAAUAGGUUUGAUGCUUUGGACAUGCGGAAGUUUUCCUUCCACUCCUCAUCAACAACCCUCCCAGUCUAGAAAUUGUCCCACCUUCUGUUGGUUUGAGCAGGUCUGAUGAGCAAAAACCAGAAUUUCUGGCAGACCAGAUAACUUUGAGUACAGCAGACGGCUCUGUCUGACGAGUCCGUCAAGUGGUGCAGCAGGUCUAAGUUUAAAGGAACAGUGUGUAAGAUAUGGGGGGACUAAGUGGCAUCUUAUGAUGAGAACUGGGAACAGCAACAAGCUGAAACUUCCCCAGGUCAGAAUUUAUUUUACUAUUCAUUGUUCAGGAGGUUUUUGCCAGGAUCUGACUUAUCUGCUCUCUGUCUCCACAGCAAACAGACGUGGGGUCUCAUCUAUAAACACUGCAUACCCACAAAACAUUGCCUGAAAGAGGCAUACGCCACUUUUGACGCAAAAGUUGUGAUUUAUAAAAACAGACUUGAUGGGAGAAACUUUGGCAUAUGGUUACAAACAUUCUGGAGAUGGGAAAUUAGAGAUGCAGAUAAUGAGGUGGAAACCUGAUUGUAGAAAUUGUCAAAUAUUUUUUGACACAUGCCAUUUUUGGCUUUUGUCCAUACCUACAUUUUGGAUGUAUGGAUCCUACGCAUUGUUUUAUAAAUGAAAGCCCUGGUGAUUUAAACCGGUCAAACCACAAAGUAAAGCAGUUUCAAGUUACAGAUGAGUGUUUCUCCGACGCUGUUCAGCUCGUCACAGAUGGGCCGCUAGCCCAGCACCUGCUAAUCUGUGCUAACCUUUUUUCUAUAAAAGCAGCUCAUUCUAAGGUAAUGAAAACACAACAGUUCUUAUGUUCAGGUGAUUAUACACCCAAGAAAACAUACUUAUUUUAUUAUGUUAUAUUUCUGCCAAUAUAUCCCCCUAAAUCCUACACGCUGGACCUUUAAAUGUAGUCAUUAGACCAAGCAGUGCUGAUACAGCGUAAACAAAACUGUAGUCCACAUUGUUGUAAUUGUUUGUGUCAACACAUUCACACUCCGACCUCGUCACAUGUUGACAUUUUGGUCAUGGACUUUUCACGUCCACAUAUGAUGUGAAAGGUACCCAGGGUGUGUUGGUUGUUGACGCUCUGGGACACCAUGUCAAGUUCUGCCUGUUACUUGCAUUGUCUUCUUUCAAAGUACACUUCUAUUUUCACAGGAAAUUUAACGUUUACAUACAGUCUCUUUCAAAAUAAAUGCAAUAUGUCGGUACAACACCACAACUUGACGUUUUUUCCUAACAACAGCACGAUUGGGUUUAGACAACAAAAACACGGUUUGGCAUUAGAAUCUUACGGGAUGCAAACACUACUCUCGCGGGUGAAAGUCGGUAUUUGUUGGACCUGCUCGCCCACAGUUGGAUUUUCACUGUCUUAACUUUCGUCCUUGUCCCACUGCAUUUCCCCCUGACACCACCAGGCACCGUUAAACUAUAACAGCAACCAACCAAGUAUCAUGUUGACAUUAAAAGACGCCUUUUUUCAUUGGUCUAUGACGCUGCAAGUCACUGCCUAAGUGUUGGAUUUUGACGGCUUCGGAGUGAGACCGGGCUCUUUGUGUCGCUUCCUUACACAAAGCAACAAUUGACAUAUGUGCGAAUUUAGGAGAUGAUGUCAUCAUCCAGGCAGAUACACAGUAACCGGAGUUCUGAAAAAUCUGCAUCUAGAAGACAUUUACAGAGUCUCAGUUUUAAGGACCUUAACUGAGUUUGUGAGUGGACAACAGGCCAAAAUCAUGGAGGAAAAUAUACAUUAUCAAAAAUAUCUGUAUACGUGUAGACAGGGCUGAAGGUGUCUGUCAAAACAGGUCGCAAACGAUGACACACACACCACACAGCGACAGCCUUUGAUGGUUCAUCACCUCAUGGCCCUUGUCAGAGGUGCCGAGGGGACAAAGCUGAGGUGUGAUUGGCAGGAUAAUAGAGUUGCUUUAUAUUCAACCUCAGCCCCAUUUGGUUUGACCACACAUUGAGGUUGUUUCAUCGCUGUCGGUGCGAGCUGCUGCCUGUCAGCUGCCUCUCUGACAAGUUGAACUAAUGAACCGACACUUGACCCUUUUUACCCUUGAGUUGUUGAACUUUUCUGCUGGGCGUCAGUGACACCAGAGUGCAACUUCAGUUUGAGGUUUACAGAGCCCCACCACUGUAUCACACACACACACACACACACAUGUGCACACACACACACACGUGCACUGUGCCCCUACCCCUCUUUUGGCACUGUUGCUGGUUUUACUUGACUGUGCACUCCAUCAAAUAAAUGAGCAGGAGAGACAUUUCAUAACAAA